UGACGAGUGUAGAAGUUGAACUCAAAGAAACUUUUAUGAGAAUCUUUUCUAGUGGAUUAUUAAAAUAAAAAUGAAUUCCAAAGCAAAUAAAUCUAAAUUUUCAGCAGGAAGCAGCAGUCAACAGCCAAAGAAGAAGUUCAAAGUUGACGAUGAAGAUGAAGACUUUGGAAGUCAAUUCGAAGCUGAUUUAGCUAUGAUGGAAGCAGAUGAUGUUGAUCAUGAAAUUGUUAAAGGUGAAGGACCAGAAAAUAAAGAAACAAAUCAAAAAUGGUCUCGUCCUGAUCUCCCGCCAAUAAAUCCAAAAACUGAUUCUGUUGUUUUCCAACAAAUCGAUGUUGAUCAUUACAAUGGCUUGCCAAUGCAUGGAAUGCCAGGAGCUCAAAUUCCUCCUGUUCCAAUAUUUCGAAUGUAUGGAGUGACAAUGGAAGGAAACUCAGUCUGUGCUCACGUCCAUGGUUUCGCUCCAUUUCUCUACGUUCAAGCACCACCAAAUUUCAACAAAUCUCAUCUCAGUGACUUCAAAUCGUCUUUAGAUGAAAUUGUCAUCAAAGACAUAAAAAAUAACAAAGAAAAAAUUCAAGAAGCAAUUUUAAGUGUCGAAUUAAUUCAAAAGCAAUCAAUUCACUUCUACAUCGGUGAAGAUAAAUCAAACUUCAUUAAAAUCACUGUUGUGUUACCAAAAUUAAUUGCUGCUGUUAAACGCCUACUUGAACGUGAAAUCGUCAUGUCAGAUAUGAAUUUUCAAGAUUGUCGAUGCUUUGAAAGCAACAUCGACUUUGAUAUUCGAUUCAUGGUUGAGACGAAAGUUGUUGGAUGUAGUUGGAUUACAUUGCCACCAGGCACAUGGCAGUUAAGAGAGAAAGGCAAGAAGCCAGAACCAGAAAGUCGUUGUCAAUUAGAAGUUGAUGUCGCUUAUGAUAAAUUCAUUGCACAUGAACCGGACGGGGAAUGGGCAAAAGUUUCUCCACUUCGCAUCUUAAGUUUCGAUAUUGAAUGUGCUGGUCGUAAAGGAGUUUUCCCUGAACCACAACAUGAUCCAGUCAUUCAAAUUGCUAACAUGGUGAUGCGUCAAGGCGAGAAGGAACCUUUUCUACGUAAUGUCUUCACUUUAAAUACUUGCGCUCCAAUUGUUGGCUCACAAGUUCUCAGUUUUAAAAAUGAGAAAGAUUUACUUGAAGCUUGGAGUGAUUUCGUUCGUCAAUUAGAUCCAGACAUUCUUACUGGUUACAACAUCAACAACUUUGACGUUCCUUACUUACUCAAUCGAGCAGCUCAUUUGAAAGUGAAGAACUUUGAGUAUUUAGGAAGAAUUAAAAACAUCAAAUCAGUUAUCAAAGAAACGAUGAUUCAAUCAAAGCAAAUGGGACGACGUGAGAACAAACAAGUUAACUUUGAAGGUCGCGUUCCUUUUGAUUUACUCUUCGUUCUCUUUCGUGAUUAUAAACUUCGAUCUUAUACUUUAAAUGCUGUUAGUUAUCAUUUCUUACAAGAACAGAAAGAAGAUGUUCAUCACAGCAUCAUCAGCGAUCUUCAAAAUGAGAAUGAACAGACAAGACGACGAUUGGCAAUGUAUUGCUUAAAGGACGCUUAUCUUCCUCUACGAUUACUUAACAAACUCAUGUGCAUUGUCAACUACAUGGAAAUGGCUCGUGUGACUGGCGUUCCUUUAGCUUGUCUACUUACCCGUGGACAGCAAAUUAAAGUUGUCAGUCAAUUGUUACGUAAAGCUCGCGAUGCUGGUUAUUUAAUUCCAACUUACACAAGUCAAGGUGGUGACAAUGAACAGUUUGAAGGUGCAACAGUCAUUGAACCUAAACGUGGAUAUUAUUCAGAUCCAAUUUCAACACUUGAUUUUGCGUCUUUGUAUCCUUCAAUUAUGAUGGCACAUAAUUUAUGUUACACGACACUUUUAAGACCAAUUGACAAAAAUCGAUUGGAAUUGAAGGACGAUGACGUCACAAAGACGCCAGCUGGAAAUUUCUUUGUUAAAUCGAAUGUAAGAAAAGGUUUGUUACCGGAAAUUCUUGAAUCUUUACUGUCAGCAAGAAAGAAAGCUAAAAAUGAACUGAAAUCUGAAACUGAUCCAUUUAAGAGAAGCGUUUUAGAUGGAAGACAAUUAGCAUUAAAGAUUAGCGCUAAUUCUGUUUAUGGUUUUACUGGAGCUCAAGUUGGAAAGUUGCCAUGUUUGGAGAUUUCUGGAAGUGUCACAGCUUAUGGUCGAACAAUGAUUGAAUUAACAAAACAAGAAGUUGAACAAAAAUAUAAAAUGUCAAAUGGCUAUGAAAACGAUGCUGUUGUGAUUUAUGGUGACACGGAUUCAGUGAUGGUAAAAUUUGGAACGUCAAGUCUUGAUCGAGCGAUGGAAUUGGGGAAAGAAGCUGCUGAGUUUGUUAGUGCAAAGUUCAUCAAACCAAUCAAGUUGGAGUUUGAAAAAGUUUAUUUUCCUUAUCUGUUGAUCAACAAGAAACGCUACGCUGGUUUGUAUUGGACAUCUCCCGAUAAAUAUGACAAAAUGGACUGCAAAGGAAUUGAAACUGUUCGUCGUGACAAUUCACCGCUUGUCGCUAAUCUCAUGAAUAUGUGCUUGCAGAAAUUACUCAUUGAUCGUGAUCCAAAUGCUGCUGUUGAUUACGCCAAGUCAGUGAUUUCUGAUUUGCUUUGUAAUCGAAUUGACAUUUCACAACUUGUCAUUACGAAAGAGUUGACAAAACACGAAUACACAGCGAAGCAAGCACAUGUUGAAUUGGCAGCAAAAAUGAAGAAACGCGAUGCUGGAAAUGCACCAAAGUUGGGAGAUCGAGUGCCUUAUGUUAUCACAGCAGCUGCUAAAAGUACGCCAGCAUAUCAAAAAGCUGAAGAUCCGAUUUAUGUUCUUGAGAAUUGCGUUCCAAUUGACUUUCAGUACUAUCUUGAAAAUCAAUUAUCAAAGCCUUUGUUGAGAAUUUUUGAACCGAUUUUAGGCGACAAAGCUGAGUCAAUUCUUUUACGUGGCGAUCACACACGAACACGAGCAUCGGCAACAUCAAAAGUCAGCGCAUUGUCAUCUUUUGUUCAGCGAAGAGAAACUUGUUUGGGUUGUAAGACUGUUUUACCUAAAGAGCGAGAGAAACUUGCCCUUUGUCAACACUGUGAAAGCAAACAAGCUGAACUUUAUCAACAUGAAAUCAUGCAACAACAUCAACUGGAAGAAAGAUUCUCAAGAUUAUGGUCAGAAUGUCAACGAUGUCAAGGAUCAUUACAUGAAGAAGUUCUCUGCACAAGUCGCGAUUGUCCAAUUUUCUACAUGCGAACAAAAGUCAAGAUGGAAUUAGAAACACAGCACAAGCGAGUUAUGAGAUUUGGUUUGCCUGCUUGGUAAAUUAAUUCAAUUCUUUUACUAUUUUUUUCAAUUCUCAAUAAAAAAUUUCUUUAACUUUAUUUAUCUUUUUCUUUUUCUAUAACUUUUCCCACUUGUUUCAGGCUUUUCUUUUUCGACUUUUCCGUAUCUUUUAAGUAAUCCGUCGUUCUUUUGUGAAGGCUUUCGCUUCUGAUUUCGGUAUUGAAGUGAUGCUGAUGUUCCAAAUAUUGUUCUUCUGUUGAUUGUCUUUUCCUUUUCUUUCAAAUUACGUUUUUCCUCGAGAAUUUCUUUGUAGUUUCUUGCUGGCUUCUUAGGAGGUUUCGCUCCGAGUUUGAUAGCAAGUUGCUGAUUGAGAUCCAACUUCUCUGAAGCUGAUGAUCCAGAAAUCCCAAAAUUGAUGAUUUCCCUUCGUGCAGACUCCAACGUUACUUCCUUCUUGUUUCUCUUCGUUUUCUUUUUCUUUGGUCCAUCACCAAAUAUUCUUUCAAAUUCGGAAUCUUCAGACUCACUUUUAUUUUCUUCAGGCAUCUUAAACUUGCUUUUCGGAAGUGAACUCUUUAAUCCAUCAAACUUGAUAACUUUGAAGUCUGAAUCAGCUUUAAUUUGUUUUGCAAUUGAAGCUUUCGUUUGAAUCAUAUUGA